UUCAAAAUUAUGUCGAUUAGCCCUACAACAGAUAAUCUAAGAUUUAGAUGUUCACUUGCAAAAAUUAAAUUUGCACAAUCAAAACCAAACAUCUUUAAACAUUAAAUUCUUAUUUAAAAUAUCUAUAUACGAAUAAACAAAGAAAAAAAUUAUUAUUGCUUCCAAAAAUAAAUUGCAGGAAAUACAAAAAUUUUACACUCCAUAAACAUAUUACUUAUAAUCGAUUCUGACGCUAAUAUAACAUUUGAUCAAACAGUGUAUAAGGAAAGUUCGGGGACUUUAUUCUCCCGCCCAUUUUUGUUAUGAUAAAACUGACAAUAAUUAUGUUAAUAUGAUCAAAGGCUAGCUAUAAAUAAGUUAGGUCUGGGGCCGUAUUUCACAGUUAUAUCUUCAUCUCACAACGAAGAAAACUUCAAAUUUUAAAGAUGAGAUUUCCACGUUACUUUCUGACGCUUUGUGCUCUAUUCUUCGUUGCCAUCGCAGUCAACGCAGAGGUCGAUGUCGAUGUCGAUGUCGAUGUUGCUGUUGAUGUUGAUGUAGAAGACAUUGAUGAUGUUGAAGAACGCAACCCAUUAUUGGCCGCAGCCGUAGUAAUCAUUAGGCAAGCAGUGAAAUGGGCAGCUACACACUGUGCUAAAGAAGCCGCUAGUAACUGCAAACAACACUGGAAAAAUCCUAAGGCCCUUGUUAACUGUGCUAAAAACUUCUUGCAGAAAAACAAAGGACGUUGCGUUCUCGGUUAAGAAUAGUGACAUGUUACACUACAUCUUAUAAAUAUACUUAUAUAAUACGUAAAAGUAAAAAACUU